GCCUCCUUCCUUCUCUGUCCCAUCUCCACUCGUGCGCUCUGCUCUCUGCUCAUAUUAUACUCCUCAUCCACCUGCAGAUACAAUGCCGAGUUUCAAGACCGACGAUUUAUCCCAGUGCCGCGAUCCCACGGAGGCUAGUUCGCCGCAGUCGCAGUCGUCGGUGGUGCAGCAGUUUGACGGCAAUAUCCAGACCUCGUCGAGUCCGACGCCUGUUGCUGUGAAGGAAGACGAUAUGUUUGGGGAUGAGGAUGAUGAUGAUUUUGAAGCUGCUGCGGAUGCUCUGGAAUCCAAGUCGUCUUCUGCGCCAUCGUCGUCCGCGCCGAUGGUAGCCCCAAUCUCCACACCGCCCUCGAAAACAGCAGGUCUAGAUGCGAGCGACAUGCCGAUCUUUUACCAGCGCCUGAUGCCAUUCAAGGAGAUUUUCCAAUGGCUGAACCACUUCCCAUCCCCCACGACCUCCUUCACCAACCGCGAAUUUGCAUUCACGCUCCAGAACGACGCAUACCUGCGCUACCAGUCCUUCCCGACGUCGGACGCGUUCAAGAAAGAGGUCAACAGACUGCUUCCCUCGCGGUUCGAGAUCGGACCCGUGUACUCCGCCAACCCGCGCGACCGCAAGAUCGUGCGCAAGACCGCGUUCCGACCGCUCGAGAAAGAACUUGUGUUUGAUAUCGAUAUGACAGACUACGACGACGUCCGGACGUGCUGCAAAGGCACGGAUAUCUGCAGUAAGUGCUGGAACUUCAUCACGGUCGCGAUCAGAGUCAUCGAUCAGGCCCUGCGCGAGGACUUUGGGUUUCAGCAUGUGCUGUGGGUGUACUCUGGCCGUCGUGGUGCGCACGCUUGGGUCUGCGAUAAACGGGCGCGGACGCUUGAUGAUUCCAAGCGGAGAGCUGUGGCGUCGUAUUUCGAGGUCUUGAAGGGUGGUGCGCAGAGCUCAAAGAGGGUUAACUUGAAGCGACCCCUUCAUCCUUUUGUUGCCCGAAGCUUGAACAUUCUCCGCGACUCGUUCAAGGACACAAUUCUAAUCGGCCAAGAUCCAUGGCGAACCCAAGAAUCCGCCGAGAAACUCCUCUCGCUCCUCCCAGACCGCGAGCUCAAUGACGCGCUCCGCAAGAAAUGGGCUUCGAGCGGCGACCGGUCGAGUCUACAGAAAUGGGCCGACAUCGACGCGCUAGCCGAGCAAGGCGUUUCGCGCACGCUGGAUCCGACGCAUCUGCUGGAAGCUAAGCAGGACGUCAUUCUGGAGUAUCUGUAUCCGCGACUGGACGCGGAGGUGUCGAAGCAUCUCAAUCAUUUGCUGAAGUCGCCGUUCUGUGUGCAUCCGGGAACAGGGCGCGUGUGUGUGCCGAUUAAUGGGGAGAGGCCGGAGACGUUUGAUCCGAUGGAUGUGCCUACUGCGGGAAUGUUGACCGCUGAGAUUAAUGAGUGGGAUAUGGUGCAUAAGACUCUCGAUUCCCCUGAGCGGGAGAAGCUGUCAGACUACGAGAAAACGUCCUUGAAGCCUUACGUCGAGUACUUCCACCGGUUUGUGUCUGGCUUGAUGAAAGAGGAGAUGAAGCAGAAGCGACAGCGUGAAGCUGAAUCAAGCGGAUCGCUGGAUUUCUGAGCGUGCAGUGAUUCGGCGUGCAGUGAUUCGGCAUGCAGUGAUUCGGAUACGGGAGAAUGGGAUAGUUGUACAUUAAAUGGGGCGUUAUAAUGCAAUACAAUAACU